AUGGUUAAGGAUAUGAAAUACUACCAAUCCCUAGGGGUUGAGGCGGACGCCACUGAGGCGCAAUUGAAGAAGGCUUACAGACUCAACGCCCUAAAAUACCAUCCCGACAAGAAUCCCAGCCCGGAAGCCGCAGAAAAAUUCAAGGAACUAUCGCACGCCUAUGAAAUCCUUUCAGACCCCCAGAAACGCCAAGUCUACGACCAGUAUGGAGAAGAAGGUCUCUCUGGUGCUGGAGCCGAUAUGGGCAUGUCCGCCGAAGAUCUGUUUUCGCAGUUUUUCGGUGGCAUGGGCGGCAUGGGUGGAAUGUUCGGAGGUGGUGGAAGCAUGCAGCAACAGGGUCCCAAGAGAAGUCGUGACAUCGUCCACGUUCACAAAGUUUCCCUUGAAGAUCUGUACAAGGGCAAAACAUCAAAGUUGGCUCUUCAAAAGACCGUUGUUUGCGGGAAAUGCAAUGGUAUCGGCGGCAAAGAAGGAAGUGUCACUAAGUGCAAGGGUUGCGGCGGUGCCGGUAUGAAGACUAUGAUGCGUCAGAUGGGUCCCAUGAUUCAACGUUUCCAGACCGUCUGCCCGGAUUGUAACGGCGAAAAGGAAAUCAUCAAGGAGAAGGAUAAGUGCAAGGCUUGCCAGGGUAAAAAGACGGUCUUUGAGAGAAAGGUCAUCCACGUCCCUGUUGACAAGGGUAUGAAGGACGGUCAGAGAAUCACCUUCCAAGGUGAGGGAGAUGCUGGCCCAGAUAUCAUUCCCGGUGACGUUAUUUUCGUCAUCGAGCAGAAGCCGCAUGCCCGUUUCCAGAGGAAGGAUGAUAAUUUGUUCUACAAGGCUGAGAUUGACCUCUUGACGGCCCUGGCUGGUGGCACAAUCGCGAUUGAGCACCUCGACGAGCGUUGGUUACAAGUUCAGAUCUUACCUGGAGAAGUCAUUAGCCCUGGCGAACUUAAAAUCGUCCGUGGACAAGGUAUGCCUUCCUACAGGCAUCAUGACUACGGUGACAUGUUCAUCCAGUUUGAGAUCAAAUUCCCCCCGAAGCACUUCGCCGAUGAGGACGUCAUCCUGAAGCUCAACGAAAUCCUUCCACCUCGCCCUGCAUCAGAAAUCCCUGCAGAUGCCAUGGUUGACGAUGUCAAUGUUGAGGAAUUGGAUGCUCAAGCUCAAGCCCGAGCUGUCAACGGUCCUAUGGAUGAGGAUGAUGAUGAACACCCUGGCCACGAGCGUGUCCAAUGCGCAUCUCAGUAA